CACUUGUAAAAGUGAGGAAAAUAUUAGAAAAGUGCAAGCAACCCCUACCCUUUGUCCCUGCGUGUGUGUGUGGCGAAUACACUCGCACACAUGUAUCUGUGUUUGUGUAUUAAUGGAGCAACCCUUAAGGUCGGCGACGAUGGCAACGACAAAAAAGUUCUGUGCAACUAAUAACAAAAAAUAAACCAAGACGUAGUCUACUUCUAACCGCCGGGACUAAUGUCUAAGCCAAUCCCUUGUUAUAAAUCAAACCAUUGGUAUUAUCUGAAAUUAAUUUGUAAUGUUUUACGGUGUUAAGUGUUAGAUGCAUUCGAAUGGUAACGCAGCGCAAGCCACAUCCAUAAGGAAUGGAGUCCAUAAAUGAGAUAAUUGACCAUCAGACAUUCAGCCAGGAGCUAGUGGAAGAUGCAGCCGAGUUCAUCACCGUGGGUCACCAUUCGGAGCGCCACCAUCAGGAGGAAGCACCGGACAGCGGCGAGGAUCUAGCCCUGUCCAUGCAAACGAUGAUUGCCUGCUCCAGGACCGACGGCGCGGGAGGGGAGAAGAAGAACCGCACCUUGUCCGGAUCUGGGCCCGGACCGGGGUCCGACUCGGUCGUCAUGGUGAUCGAUGCCCUGGGCCACAGCAGAAGGCAGGCGUCGUAUCAAAUUGUGCCUCAGCAGCUCCAGCUGCAGCCCAGAACAAUGCCUUUGCCCUUUGGGCUCCUCCAGCAGGAGCGGCACCAGCACCAGCACCAGCAGUGCCAGGGACGCUUGGGCAACAGCAGCCCGGUGGACUUUGGGGCCUCCGACAUCAGCUUGGACGGACUGACAGUGGACUCGAUGUCGCAGGCGGUUCUGCCGCAGGGAAUGGCCAUUAAGCAGGAGCAUAAGCUCCAAGCCAACAAGCGCAUCCGGAUGCACGUGGACGUGGCGAGCGUGAACGCAGGACUCGAAGUGGACGUCGACGAAAUGGACGACAUUUCCUCCGACGGCGUAGGGUGCGACGACGAGGGGGUCACCCUGAAUCAGCACCACCAGCAGCUCCUGGAGCACCAGCAGCAGCAGCAGCAGCAGCAGCAGCAGCAGCACUACGGCCUGACCAGCCAUCAUCCGCAUCACCAGGCUCACGCUCAGGCGCUCCAUGGCCUGCACCACAGAUCAGCCCAGCUGGAAAUGGGCUUGGGAGGACUGCACGGCGAGGUCCUCUCGGUGAUCGUUCACUCGCAGGACAGCGACAAGGACCUGGAUGGCGAAGGAGACGCGGAUGGGGACGGGGACGGGGACGGGGAUGGGGAGGGGGAAGUGGAGGGAGAAAUGGAUGCAGAGGACGAGGACGACGACGAUCGGGACUCGCGCAGUCGAGGGCAGCUGCUCAGCCACAGCUCGUACCAGACGCUGACCUCGGUGAACGACCGACUAUCCCCGCCCGGCUUUAGCCAAACAUCGUACGCCACGCUCACCCCGAUCCAGCCCCUUCCGCCCAUAUCAACGAUGUCCGAGAAAUUCGCCUACUCCGGCCACAUUUCCGGGGGAGACAGCGGCGACACGGACGUCAACGGAGCGGAGGGAGGAGGCGGAGUAUCCGAAGGCGGCGAGGUCACCAACCAGUCUGCCGAGGCCGUGGGGACUGAACCGGGCUCUGGCGGCAACGUGGCCUCCUCCGGGUGCAGCAACAACGACUGCAGUUCUUUCUCUGCCCUCACCAUGCCCAUGGCGAGUGGUCACUUGGGCCUCGGCGUGCUGGGCGGCGUGCAAUCGCCCUACUCCCCCUACGAAAAGCUGACCGCGAUGAUUUCACCUCCGCCCAACAACUACCUGGUCUCGUGCGAUCUGCACGCCUCAGUGUCGGGACGCGUUCCGAGCUCAACCCAACUGCAGCUCAGUCACAACGGUCACAAAAAGGACCCUGCAACUGCCCACGGACAAGCCCACGGACACUCCGAUGUCAACGGGGGGAAGUUCGCCUACUCCGGCCACAUCUCCGGAGGAGACAGCGGCGACACUGACGUGAACGGAGAGAAGUUCUCCUACUCCGACCACAUCUCUGGGGGCGACAGCGGCGACGCAGAUGUCAAUGCUGAGAAAUUCGUCUACGCUGACCACAUCUCUGGAGGCGACAGCGGUCCGGAUGUCAACGGAGGAACGAGUUGGCUUCAAAUGCACCCCGACCGGGAGGUUCGACUUCACAUGCCGGCCGAUCUGGAGACAAGGUUCCACAUGCCGCCGGAGCGCAGGGCGCGGCAUGGCGGGGGGCACCUGAACCGCAGCCUGCCCCAGACCGCCGCUCCCAUCGGCCCCCCGGACUGGAAGCCGGAUGACUGGAAGCACGGGAAUGGAACCAUUGUCAGUCUGUCCGCUGACCUGCCCGUGGUUGUGUCCCUCACCCCCACACCGCCCCCCAUAGCAGACGACUUGGCGGGGGCCGGACUCAAGUUGGGUGACCGCUUGUCCCCGGGUCAAAGGCCACAGUACUUCCUGGACAAGGGCCAGGAGCCCAGCGGCGUGCCUGCAGAGCAGUGCAGCCCCAGCCUUCACGGCUCUGCGCUCUCGGUCUGCUCCCUUCACCAGCAGCCCCAGGCAGCCCAGUUGAACGGCUUCCAGGGGGCCACCCAGCACACCAAGACCUUGGUCUGCGCCUCGCCCAAGGCGGCGGGUGCAGCUGCAGGGGGCGGAUCGGGCCGCGGCGGAAGCACCGGCGACAUGGAGGAGAUCAACACGAAGGACCUGGCUCAGCGCAUCUCGGCCGAGCUAAAGCGGUACAGUAUUCCGCAGGCGAUCUUCGCGCAGCGGGUGCUCUGCCGCUCACAGGGCACCUUGUCUGACCUGCUGCGCAACCCGAAGCCGUGGUCCAAGCUCAAGUCCGGCCGCGAAACUUUCCGCAGGAUGCACAAGUGGCUCCAGGAACCCGAGUUCCAGCGCAUGUCUGCUCUGCGGAUGGCAGCUGCCCAGAUUCCCCAGCGCGCGCCCUUGGGAGCUGGGACGCCGCUGGUUUCAGCAGCAGGACCAAACAGUUCUUCGGCGACCAUGCCGACGGACUUGGACCUAAACGUCGGGCCUACGAUGACCCCCAAUGCUCCGCCCAAUGAAUCUGUCUCCUCGUCUGCAACUACACCUGUCAUUAACGUUUCCGCUACCAACGUCGUUAAUUGUCGUCGGAAGGAAGAGCCUCAGAUCGAGCAAAUGCCUCAGCCAAAAAAGCCUCGAUUGGUCUUCACCGAUCUCCAGCGACGAACACUACAAGCCAUUUUCAAAGAGACCAAGAGACCUUCGAAGGAGAUGCAGGUGACGAUUGCGCGGCAGUUGGGUCUUGAGCCCACUACCGUGGGCAACUUCUUCAUGAACGCCCGCAGGAGAUCGAUGGACAAGUGGCGGGACGACGACUCCAAGAACACGAUGCACCUAAUGCACAACCGCCAGCAACAACAGGACGAGCAGGAGGAUGACGAGCUCCACGUUCAGAGUCAGAACCAAAGCCAGAGUCACGGCAACAGUCACAAUCACAGUCACAGUCACAGUCACAAUCACAGUAACAGUCACAAUCACAGUCAGGCCACGGGCAAUAGUUUAACGCACGAAAACUACUCGAGUCUGCACACAACAGCCAUGUCGCCCCUCGGAGCCUUCGACGAAGAGACCGACAUGGACCUGGAGCUGGAAAGCCACGACUUUGACUUGGUGGACCCCGACGACCAUGGGGACACCAAUGACCCGACCGGGGAAAUGUUGUGACAGCAUAGCCGAAACGGACGUCGGAAGUGCACCAAGCCCGAUAUGCUGAAAACAUGCCCCAGCACUCGCCACUUCAACCGCAACAGCAACCGCAACAGCAAUCGCAACAGCAAUCGCAACCGCAACCGCACCCGCACUCAGUCUCGCACGCACACGAUCCCUUCGAGGAGGACGAUGGAGGUCAGUAUUCGUCGCAUUUUGAGGAGGAGCGACGCAGACUGUAAUGACAGUAAUAGCGCGGAGAGCUCCCCGCACCAAGAUGACCGGGAUGAAGUAGCGUCGGACCAUUUGCUUGGGGACGAACAGCUUUCAGACGGGAAGGGCCAACGGAAGCAAGGCCUCUGCUCAGACAUACACGAGCAGGAGCCUGGUAUCUUCAUCGAUGACAUGGGCAUCUCCAACUGCUUGGACGACUUGAAGGUGAUGAUAGUUUGCUGAGCACAGAAGGGUUAGGGAGUUGCCGCGACAAAAAGGUCGAACAAACAUUUUGGCCUGUGUUUUGUUGAUUUCGAUUUUUAAUUUUUAAGUUCACUACCAACCUGCAAAAGUGAUUUUAUUCUUAAUUUUUAAAAACUAAUUGUCACCGCUUUCAAAGCCUUCGCAUUAAUUAGAAUUAUGAUUGAAAACCCAGCUCUGUCCGAUUCUAACUGAAAUGACUGAGACUCACCAGCCUGAGUGAUUAUUGAGUGAUUUCCAAAAGUCUGUGAAAACCACUUGCCUAGGACGUUUUUGUGUUUUGUCACUCAAUCACUCAAUCACUCAAUCAAUAAAAAUAGAUCUGUUCUCGGGGACCGAAACAUUGUAAAUGUUUUUACCAGGUACUAGUUGAGUAAAGUGCUGCUCAGAUAGUUAAUAUUUCACAUUUUUUUAAAGGCUACGUGACUUUCAUAAUAUUUAAAUGUUUCCGGGCGGAAUAACGUAGAAAUUUCCAUCGUUUCCAGUAAACAAAUUACGCAAAUCGAUUUGUAUUCAAAGGCAGCAUUUAAAAAAAAUGUACGAUUUAUACGAUAUAUGUUAUUGUUUUAUCCUUUUCGGCAAAAUAUUCAAAUGUUCAUAUUUUAGGUAGUUCGAUUGUGUUUUAAAAUAACAAUACGCACCUUGGUUUUUGUUUUACAUAAGCUUUCAAAAUUGAUCUCAAAUAUGUUUACCCUUGCUAAGGGUGCGUUUAAUUUUAUAUUUGCUUGAGUGAUAUGGACAUGGAGCUAAAGAUAAAGAUAUAAAGAUACUUCUUUACCAAUCUAAGUAUAUUUUUCACGAAUCAAAGUCGAUGCCUUGAAUUUUGUCCUUAUGUCUGGACAUCGAUAUUAAAUAGCUCCAUUGCAUUCAUUUAAAACAAGAAGGAAAGCAAACUUCGGCAAGCCGAAGUUCAUAUACCCUUGCAGCUAUUGCAUUAAUUAAAUACUUUUGAAAACAUUUAAAUUAUGAUUUACUUGAGUAUGUGCUAAAAAAAAACAUUGAAACUAUGA